AUGUCGCCUCCAACUGGUCCCUUAUGCAUCAGCCUGAAGUUCCUGAAAUGGCUACCUUUGUAUGAAAAGGAGAAACCGUUUCAGAUAUUCAUCAAUAUCCCCGAAGAUGCGACCGACAAGCGUACCACCAAUCUCGCGUUCGAGAAUGUCAAAGUCACGAUAGAGGACGUCCGAAGUUUUCCACGGAACCACUUCCUGUUGGACAAACACGGCUUUACCUAUCAUUCGCACUAUCUCCAGCUCGAUCAUAUCACUAAUAGGGAAUCCGUGGAACAGCGGUACCUUCCCGAAAUGGAGACUCUCCUCAGAUCAACCUUGGAGAGUGUCGAUCGUGUCUUUUUCUUUGACUGGAGGUUGCGGAAGAACGCCCCAGAGACCGAAGGAGCCCUCAUAGACCUCAACGACCUGACGACAUGGCUAAGACCUGCCCUACAUUUGCAUGUUGCAGACCAAAGUCCGAUCGCAGUGAUUCGGCGAGUCCUUAUGCAGCUUCCGCAAGAUGCUGAAUACCUGCUGCAAGGUCGCAUCCGCGUCAUCAACUUGUGGCGACCGAUUGUUGACACCGUCCGAGACUACCCCCUAGCUAUUUGUGAUGGCAGCACAGUCUCGCCAUCCGAUCUCAUAGAGGCCGAUCACGUAAGACGCCACUAUACGGGUUCGACCAUGUACUUGAAACACAACGAGCGCCAAAAGUUUUACUUCAUGAGCCGCCAAACGAGAAACGAAGUUUUGAUAUUCAAGAACUUUGAUUCUGCUGAGACACCCGCAGCGACUUGCGCACCACAUGCAUCUUUCCUGGAUCCUAGCAUUCCUGAGACCUUCGCACCCAGACAGAGCAUCGAAGCUUAUUCGAGGACACAGAUACUCAAAGACCUUUUCUUCCAUGAGUUCUCUAACUCCGCUGAAACACCUCAACUGUACCGCUCCUCAGCAAGAAAUGCGCCAAGCGUACAUGCACGACCGGAUGAUGUAUACUCUGCUUUGUCGAUUCGGGUGCGACCCUUGGAAAUCAGCCAGUCGAGGCCUUCAGCAGCACCAAUGUCGCUGGAGCGUCUGAAUAUGCAUGCGCAUGGUAAUAUCCAGGCCGCACAUGCCUCGGAUGUAUGUCAGACGGUCAUAGUCCCAGGACCGGACCUUAGGGACAAAGCUACAGUCGUCAACCUGGCCAAAAUGUGCAGCGAUGCCUAUGUCUUUGCACCUUCCCAACCUGACUGGCUCAACACCACGCUUGGAUUCAAUCAUUCUUAUUCCUUCGGCUGGAAAGGCGACGGUCUCCGAGGGCACGUUUUCACGGACAAGCCGAACGAGACUGUCAUCGUCGCAUUCAAAGGGACCACUGUCGACCCAACUCAUCACUGGAGGAGCAAAGACCGCCUUAAUGACAACCUCCUGUUCAGCUGCUGCUGUGCUACCCAACGACCAGAUCCAUUCUGGUAUGGUCGUGUCUGUGACUGCAGGACCGACUACUUCCAGUGUAACUCGACAUGCCUAACUCAGGAGCUCACGCAGGAAGACCGAUAUUAUUCGACAGCGCUUGCCAUAAUGCGCAACGUUUCAACAUGGUAUCCGAAUGCCUCCAUCUGGACGGUCGGCCAUUCCCUUGGCGGAGCUGUGGCUAGCCUGAUGGGUCUGACGUUUAACAUACCCUCCGUAUCCAUCGAGGCUCCGCCACAAAAGCUGGCCGCUGAGAGACUUGACCUCGCCCUCCCUCCACGUUCCGCAGAUUAUCACAUCGGAAAUACUGCCGACCCGGUGUUCAUGGGUGCAUGCAAUGGCUAUUUCUCAUCGUGUUCAGUUGCCGGCUUCGUCUUCGAAAGCCAAUGCCAUACUGGAAAGCGCUGUGUCUACGACACAGUUCAAGACAAGGGCUGGCGGCUCAGUAUCGCAAACCAUCGCAUCAAUGUCGUGAUCCCUCAGGUACUGGAAGCCUACAACAGCACCCCUGUGUGUGAAGCCGACGAUGAGUGUGUCGACUGUUUUAACUGGAAAUUCAACGAUGAAUCACAAUGA